CGAUACAAACGAAACAAGCAAACAAGACAACAGCCUUCGAGCAAUAACACAAACAGACGACAACAACUGAACAAAGGAACAAACCCAACCAAACAGCUAAGGGAGAAAUUUGCUAUUGCAAUUUUCCCCCUCCCCGCGGCCAUUCAAUAAUUUCAAACUCGAUAUACAUACAUAGAAUUCUAUUCAAGAUGCCGAUGGUGAUGUCAUGUCGUUCGCGAGCUGCUAUGAAACUGCAUGCGGACUGCUAUGAUCGACUUAAGAAACCUAUUCAUCUGGACACGCCAACAAUAUCAGCGGUCGAUGAGAAGCCGACGUGUGGGGUACGCAGAGAUAGGCCCGUAAAGCCCAAGGUUCCGAGGCGACCAUUGCCUCCUGGCACUAGGCUGCCCAAUCCACAAAAUAUACCUGGACAGCCGGUACGUUCGACGGUGGGUGGCGGAAAAGCGCCACCCCGAGCCCGCAGAUACGACGGAGCCAAGGCCACGUUCUUUCACAUCAAGGGCCAAUCGUGGGAGUCCAAGGGCUAUGCGGAGCUCUCGCAAGGCGAACUGGAUCGCAUGAGGGCCUCGAGGCCGCGGACCACCGAGGAGCGUCGGGCGGAACAGGAUCGCCGGAUGGAGGAGCAGCAAUAUCAUACGGCCGAAGCGGAACGUAUGCGCAAUUAUUUCCAUGACAUCGACGAGCAGCGCAGGGAAAGGGAACGCGAAACCCAGAAGAGAGACGAUGACGAGGCCGAUGAGGAUGUGAAUGAGGAGCGGCGAGUGGAGGCCAAAAGAUUGCAGGUUCUUCAUCGCGCCUUGGAUGCCAAAUAUGAGACAGAUGUGCGAGUGAAAGACGCCACGCGUGCGAUAUCCGAGGCCAAAUGCAGUGCCAUGUGGACGGCUCAGAUUCAGGAAAGAAAACUCCUCAAUCGCAUCCAGCUCGAUCACGAUGAGGAGAUGGCCCUCAAGAAUCGGGACUACAACAAUGCCAAAUGGGGUACGGUCGAGCAGCAUGAUCAGGCCGAAGAGGAAAGACGCCGGCAAUUUGGUAACGCUGUGCGUGAGCAAAUUAGUGACCGCGAAAAGUUGCGUUUCCUUGCCCAAGAUCGUCUGCGAAUGGAGGCGAAAGACUUGCGUGCCGCCAUCGAUGAGUAUAAAAAGGCUGAAUUGGCAGAAGGAGAAAUGCGAUCACGCCGCAAGUUGGCCUACAGAGAUGAGCUCAAUAAGUACACCAAUUUGCAUCGCAAUUUCGUACGGAUGAUGUGUGAGCAGGAUCAAAGGGAUGAGAACAGAGCCUUCGAGUAUCUCAAGCUCAAGGAGCAGCAAUUGAAACAACAGAGGGCGGAACGUGAGGCCAUCGCGGCGGAUGAGAAACGCAAACGGGAUGUCCUGUUUGCGGUGGGCCAAAAGAUUCUCGAUGCCAAGGAUAAUCGCGAGGAGAUGCAUUUCCUCGCAGAGCACGAACGCCUCGAAAGGAAGUACAGAGAAAACGAACGUAAGGCAGCCGAAAAGGAGCGCAAAAUGGCUGCCGAACUCAAGCGGGCCAAUAUGGAGCAAAUGGAGCGUCUAAGCCAAAUGAAGGCCUGCUAUUACGUGCAGCGUGAACGCGAGCUGAAGGAGAUGAUCGAGUAUCGAAAGAAGCACGAGGAGCAAAUGAAGCGCGAGGCCGAAGAGCAGGCCAUCAAGAAGGCUUGUCUGCGCUCCAGUGUCUCGUGCCAAAUUGAGGAGCGGGAAAAGACACGUCGCCGCGAACUGGAGGACGAACAUUUGGCCUUUGAAAGGGAGAGGGCAGCCGAGGCGCAGCGACAAAAGGAAAUCGAUACGGUGAUCACAGUCAAGCUGGAUGAUCUGCAAAAGCGAGGCUGUCUGCCCAAUUUGGCGGUGCGAUCGCUGAAAGGUCGUGUCGCCAAUGCUGACAACAAAAAGAAGCUGGGCGCUGAAUUUACAUAGAUAAAUCCAUUUGCUAAUGCCUCCUAUAUACACACAGAAUCACACGCACACACACACACACACACACAAACUCAAGUUGACAAUGGCAUAGAUGAUGACUUUUCAAGCUCGGCGGAAUUAAAACUUGCAGCACAUAUAUAUGCAUA